UUCUUUUUCUUGAUUGAGCCAAAUAUUCAUUGGCGUUUUCUUAUAACCUCAGUGACCUUGUGAACCUGAACUCUAAUUAUUUCAAUCAACAAUUAACCUUUUUCUCUGAAGUUGGUCUUCCUAAUUCCAAUGUCACCAAAUUAGAGAAACAAACGUGGUUAAAAAGAGGGAAUAAUUUGUUUAUUGGAUUACAAAAACAGUCACUUUUUUGGCGAGAAAAAAUCUCUUCAAUUCUUUUGUUUAUUUCUUCAUUUAAUUUAAUUGUGAUUUUCUCUUCGUGAUUCCAAGUUUCAUAUUUUAUUAAUUUCUUCUGGAAGUUCAUCAGUUAUUGUGUUCUUUUUGUUUCAAUUCUAUUCAGAUCUUUAUACGCUUCAUUUUCCAUCUUCAUUUAUCUUUUUCUCUACUCUAUAGUAUUCAUCCUUUUUCUUAUUUAAAGGUGGGUGGUUAAAUUGCUCUAUUGAUUUUUUGGCUAUUCGACUUGUAAUUAUCCACUGGUCACCUGAUUCUCACCAAUGAUCUCUUUAAAUCGUUCAAGUCAUAGGUCUCCUAGAAGAUCUCGCAGUAGAUCUCGUGAAUAUGACCGCCGAAGACGAAAAGAUGAAGGCCGUGAUUCGAGAAAUUCAUAUCGUUCUGAUGAUAAGUAUAAUCGUGAUGAUAGGUAUGGAUAUAAAGAUUCUUCAAGAUCUGAACGAGAUAAAAAUAGAAGAAAAUCAAGAAGUAAUCGAGACUUUUCCGAUGACCAUGUAGGGCGUUCUCAUCGUGAUUCAGGUAAUUCAAGGUCGAGCCAUAGAUAUCAUCACAGUGAGCAUCACAGAAACUAUUCUAAUAAUCGUGAUGGUAAUUCAAGAGAAUCUUUUGACUCAAAUCAACACCAUUCAUCAUCUUCAGGAAGAGAUUCACAUUCAAGAAGAUCAUCAGUACCAUCAACACUCCGAAAUGAAAUGAAUAAUCAAUCACGAUUAGGAUUCAUCUCACCCCCUCAACAACUGCCUAGUGCCUCAACUAUUAAUAAUCAUCAUCUGAUUAAUAUGAAUCGUCCGCCAUUCAUAGGAAACUUAACCACUACCAAUGCGACUCCACUUAUCCCGAAUCCCCUAUUUAUGACACCCUCCAUGCUCACCCCUUCGACCUCAACAUUAAUACCAACAAAUUUGGUACCCUCAGGCUCUUCGAUGCCGAGAUAUUAUAAUCCGACAACUUUCAAUGCAUCCAAAUAUGCCAUUCAGGAAGAGAAGAAGAAACUCCUCUGGGGCCCAAACAAUAAGGAUGUUUCUCAGCAAUCCAAGAAAGUUUGGCAAGGAUUACAAUUUUCUGGAGCUCAAGGGCAACAAAUGACGGAAAAAUUUCUUAAACUUAUGGGCAGUAAACCGACAACAUCUUCUGGUCAACUUGAUAAUACCGAUUCAAUGGUCAAGUAUCAAGAAACUUUAUUCAAUGAUUUGGAUAAGCAAUAUUCCGCUGCGAGAAUGUCAACCCACAUCAAUCGAGGAAUUGGACUUGGUUUCUCUUCCAAUCCUAAUAACAAAUACAUGUAAAUAUAAGUUCAAUUUAUGGUUGAUUAAAUGGCUUCAAUUGUUGAUGAUGAGAAAUUAAUUAUUUCUCACAUAAAUUUCCAAUUGACAGAAAGUAAAUUGAAGCAUUAAACUUUUCGUCUACAUGAUUUUUAGCGAUUAUUUGAAAAAUAACCGAAAUAUUUUCGGCUUGAAAUCGACUCGCUUGAUUUUUAAAGCCAAAAGUUCUGUUGAGACAAUUAUUUCGAAAAAAAUUAAACUAUUAAUGAGUUAUUGCAUCUAAAUCACUAUUGUCGCACGAUAUCAAUAUGAGAACAAUUAAAGUUUUCCCAGUAAAUUAACGCUGAGUAAAGCCUGUUAAAGAGUUGAGAUGACUUUGAAUAAGCUUUUCCGAAUAAGCUUAUCUGGUGAUUUCCUACCAGUCUAAUUAAAACUUUACUAAAAUUAUAAAAUAAGACAUUGGGAACUCACCAAAAUGAGCUACUUUUGCCUAUCCUGUAAUCAAAAAUUCUGAUUCAAUAAUCUUCGUCUGUACUGAACUUUCAAAGGUCGAGACAUUGAAGGUAAGUCAAGAAUAUAAUUGGAGGUGUUUAAUCAAAUUGGUUCAUUUUCUUUCUUCCAUAUUAUCAUCGUCAUUAUGAUUAUUAUUAUCUUCGUUUAUUUUGGUACAUUUAUUGAUCUGAGAAAACUCUGAAUCCCUGGAACAAUCAAUUGAACUGUUGAAAACAGUAAAUUAUGUUGGUUUAAAUUUUCCCUUUACUACCUGUUGAAUAUUCAUCUGGUAUCAUUUGUGUUGCUCUGUCAUUCAUUUAAUCCAAUUGAACAUUUCCAAGUAAUUUGAUCAAAUCAAAGAGUAUUAAGGCCAAGUAAAAAAAAAUGUGAUUAAAAUUACAACCGUAA